ACACCAAACGUAUCUUCUUUCUCUAUGUGUGGUAUGUCUAUAUAUCACUACCACCUUCAGAUGCUGAGAAAGUGGAUUUCACACCACAGUCAUAAACAUCAUCAAGUAGCAGUCUCCAUAACCAGUUUGCGUCUACUCUUCUUCUUCUUUAUGUUGGAUUUCAAAUCUGUUUCCUCUCAAAAGAAACAAGCCAUGAGCAUUUCUACCUCAAAAGCUCAAUGUUUACCACUUAAGUUUUGUCUCAUCUCUUAAGAUCUUUCCAUAUCACACAUUACUCUGUUCCGUGUUUUUCGCUUCUUGCUCACCAUUGUUGCUUCUCCCAUUUAAACCAUUUUGGUUUCUGCAAAUGGCGCACUGACUCUGCUUUAAGCCGUUAACCUUUCCCUGCCGAAUUCAACAUUUUUUCUCUAAGAAAAAAAGAUAAGCAAUUGGGUUGGAGCAAGUUGUGCUAUAAAGGUCCUAUAUAGCUUCAUCACUAUAUAUAUAACUACCUUGCCAAGAAGAAAUCCCCAAACCUGCUAGAAAAAGCCUUUCACAUAACAUUUUUCUUAUCAAAAACAUCAACCAAGAUGUCCAUCUCUUGCACCAAAAACAUCUUUGAAAGAUUCUGCGUUGAGGAAUACAAUAUUGAUACCAUAAAACAGAGUAGCUUCCUCUCCGCAGAUCUUUUGCCAUCUCUUGGAGCUAGAAUUAACCAAUCAACUAAGCUACGUAAACACAUAAUCUCUCCUUUUAAUCCAAAAUAUAGAGCAUGGGAGAUGUGGCUAGUCUUUCUAGUCAUUUACUCAGCUUGGAUUUGUCCUUUUGAAUUUGCCUUCAUCACCUACAAGAAAGACGCCCUUUUCAUCAUAGACAAUAUUGUUAACGGCUUAUUCGCCAUUGAUAUUGUCCUCACCUUCUUCGUCGCCUAUCUCGAUAGCCACUCCUAUCUUCUAGUUGACAACCCUAAGAAAAUAACAAUAAGGUACCUCUCUACUUGGUUCGCCUUCGAUGUGUGUUCUACUGCACCGUUUCAGCCAUUGAGCCUCCUGUUUAACUACAAUGGAAGCGAGUUAGGAUUCAGAAUUCUUAGCAUGCUCAGGUUAUGGAGGCUCAGACGAGUUAGCUCGCUGUUCGCAAGGCUUGAGAAAGAUAUCCGUUUCAACUAUUUCUGGAUACGGUGCACAAAACUCAUUUCGGUCACUUUGUUUGCUGUACAUUGUGCUGGAUGUUUCAACUACCUGAUCGCAGAUAGAUAUCCCAAUCCAAGAAAGACAUGGAUUGGAGCUGUUUAUCCAGAUUUCAAGGAAACAAGUCUCUGGAAUAGAUAUGUGACUGCUCUUUACUGGUCUAUUACGACGUUGACGACCACUGGAUAUGGAGAUUUGCAUCCUGAGAAUCCAAGAGAAAUGCUCUUUGACAUUUUCUUCAUGAUGUUCAACCUCGGCUUGACGGCUUACCUGAUUGGUAAUAUGACUAACCUCGUUGUUCACUGGACUAGCCGAACCAGAAGCUUUAGAGAUACAGUGAGAGCUGCUUCAGAGUUUGCUUCAAGAAACCAACUCCCACAUGACAUACAAGACCAAAUGUUAUCACACAUUUGCCUGAAGUUCAAAACAGAGGGCUUGAAACAACAAGAAACUUUGAACAAUUUGCCAAAAGCAAUCCGGUCAAGCAUUGCAAACUAUCUCUUCUUCCCCAUUGUUCAAAACAUUUAUCUAUUUCAAGGAGUUUCUCGUGACUUCCUCUUUCAAUUGGUUUCAGAUAUAGAUGCUGAGUAUUUCCCACCUAAGGAAGAUAUAAUUCUACAAAACGAAGCUCCAACGGAUCUUUACAUUCUGGUCUCAGGAUCAGUGGAUUUCACAGCCUAUGUUGAUGGACAAGAUCAGAUUCAAGGCAAAGCAGUUGUUGGAGAUAUGUUUGGAGAGAUUGGAGUUUUAUGCUAUAGACCACAACCUUUUACGGUAAAGACAACUGAGUUAUCUCAAAUACUACGGAUAAGUAGAACAUCUCUCAUGAGCGCGAUGCACGUUCAUGCUGAAGAUGGACGAGUCAUAAUGAACAAUCUCUUCAAGAAACUUAGAGGACAACAAUCAAUAGCAAUAGAAGAUACAAAUAAUGACCAACAAAACAUAAAUUUUCAACUAAUGGGAUGGGAAGAGUGGAUGGAUUCAAGAAAAGAUGCCAAUGGUUUAGAUGUUACAGAGUCAACUUCAGACAGUGGAGAAAAGGCUAUAAUGGAUGCAACUCACAAGGGAGAUACUGAAACAAUUAAGAAGCUAGUUAAACAUCAGUAUUGCAGCUCCAGCAUCCAAACCAAGCCAUGUAGAGGACACGACAAGAGAGUUACCAUUCACAUGUUGUCACAAGAGAAAGAUCAAUCACAGUGCCAUAACGGGAAGUUGAUACUCUUACCUAAAUCCAUAGAAGAGCUUGUAAUUCUAGCAGGUGAAAAGUUUGGAGGAUGCAGCUUCACAAAGAUCACGAAUGCAGAGAACACUGAGAUUGAUGAUUUAGAUGUCAUUAGGGAUGGUGAUCAUUUGUUUUUUCAUCAAACUGAGUUUGGAGGUAGUAACUGAGACUAGCUUUCCUUCGUUACAGCAAUGUAUGUCCGCGACAGUGUAUUCUUACUCGGUUUCACAGAACAAUUGGAUUAUCAAAACUAUAAUCUACGAAACCUGAUAUUGAUUGACACAACAACACAGAUCAAUAGUAUAUGGGAUGUAUAUGAUAUAUAAU